AUGCUGAUACCCCAUCUAGAUCCCUCUGUCUCUUCCGCUUUCUCGGCGUCUUCUCCACCGUUUCACCCGACAGACACGCGCCCCGUUCGCGACGAAUCGCGUCCGACACCGUCUCUGCUCUUGUCUUCUCCGCCAGACUCGAGUCCGUCGGUUGCUGGUUCCCCUGCCCAGCGACAUUCUCCGAGUAUCACCCUCGACCCCCCGCCGCUGCCAUUCCUCACAUUCCAACGAUCUGGGGAAUCUCUGACGUCGUCACCGGAUAAUCGGAGGGCUGAAAGUAGCGUCUACUAUACUACGGCCUGGGGAUCUCCGUAUGCGGCACCCAGCACCCGGAGAUUGUCGCUGACUCUCAGUCAAUACGCCGGUGUUGAUCACGGAUCUGGUGAUAGCUCGCCAGUCGCGUCGGUCAUCAAUUAUACCCAGCUCCGGAGAUCGUCUGCCACGAACGGUACCCUUCAGCAGUCGCCUGAGCGAGACCAAGGCCAAAAGGCAGGCAAGUCGAUCAGGGAUUUUACCCAGGAUUGGAUCAAUCAGUACCUCUCGGGCCAGCCCAGAACCGAGCGCAGCAACUGGUUGAGCGACGAUUCAGGAAGUGAGGCACCAUCGUUCUUCACUGCGCAGAAUCAACUAGCAGACGACCAAUCAGACGACUGGCUUGGUUUGGAGGACGACUUUCGCGACGACCUGUUGAAAACACCCAAACUUGCGGAUUUCGUUGGUCGGAGAGCUGCUGCACGCGCCAAAGUCAAGAAGACUUCGCACAAACGCACAGAUACCUUGCGCCAGGAGGACUUUUGGGGAUUCGCCUACGAUAAGGACCCCCCACAGAACACCAUGUCAGACCUUCAGGACUCCCAAUCUCCUACUGAGGUGACCUCGCCCGUCGAGAAGCCGCUGCCUCCCCCACCGGCAAAGUCAACAGAAGAAUCGCCGGCACCUACGAAUACAGAAGGCCCUUCCAGGCCGGAUCCUGUGAAGAGGCAGGCUUCUGACAUUAACAGAACAUCCACUCAGACCCCGAGACGAAGGAAGAAGCUGAAUUGGCGUGGGAAAGCAUGCAUCAUCGAACUGCCCCUGCAUGAUAAGCGAGGCUCGGAAGAAACAGGGCAUCACCUUUUGAGCCGCAGAGAUGUCGAAAAUCGAUUGAAGAAAUGGGAAGAGGAAGGAUAUGAUGUUCGUGGAUUCAGUAUUGGAGACACAGACAACCCCUCUGAGCCGACCAGCCUCGGGGGCCUUAGUCGUCCUCUGUUCCUCGAUGGAUUUGAUGUACCGGAGAACACCAACGGCCAAAAAUAUGUCGUCAACUUUCCCGACAAGGCCGUCUGGGAUGCCUACGUUGCCAAUCUGCAAGAGGAGAAGCUGCGCGCGCUCGGCGUCUCAUUUGGUGACGACGAGCCAGGGCCCUCCAUUUCCCCAGGUCCGGCAACCCAGUCUACCACGCCAUUCCCCGGCCUCAUCGCGUCGCCGCCGAUUCCCACUGCCUCCGUAGGAAGCAACCCGCUGGCUGCGGUCCACCCCUUCUCACCUCAUUUUGGCCAGACGACGGCAGCCACUAGUGCGAACAUUGGGUCUUUGGCUUCGCCUGCCUCGCAAUUCGGCGUGCAGACACCAUUCAUGGGCGUCGAGCAGAACAUGAUGUCUGGCUUCCCGUUCCAAUUCCAGCCCACGCCUCCUGCUCAAGGCUCUAUGACGCCGCAGAGCCUCAUCAAUGCUCGCCAAGCGAACGCGUCGACUGGGCCUGGCGGACUGCACAACUUUUCAUCCAUGCUCUCUCCUGUUUCGCCGCUGCAUGAGCAAGGGCCCUUCCACCCUGGCUUCAAUGAUAAAGACUUUUUCGGCAAUGUCCAUGAAGAGGGGUUGCCGUUCCAUUACCCCCAGACCCCUGUCAAUGGACACCCGGAUCAUUUCCACGCGUCGAAUGUGGAGAUUGCUCACCCGACUCCCCGUGGGCAUGGUCAUAAUUUGAGUGAAACUCUGCAAAGAGGGCUGGACCAAAUGACACAUCCGGACUACCACUUGGAGGAGUCAAUUGAACGGCAGCUGGAUGAGGACGAUCAUGAUACCGGCCACCAGGGUCUUAACCCCGAUCUGGUCCAGUCUCGGUGGGCAUUGCCGGAUAAUGAUCAUCAUAAAGCCCAAAAUAUCUCCCAUCAAACACCCCACAUGUUCUCCCAACAACAGGAUCAGUUCUAUGGAGGGCAAUAUCCACGCGAACAUGGGCACGAGGGUUCUGAUCUCGAUACAAACCCCAGCGUGACGGGGUCACCGCACACACGUGGUAUCAUGCCGAACCAGGGGUCCUGGCAUGAGCCGCAUCAAAGCGCUGGCUCAUUCCAGGGUCAUCAUUCGAAGCUCUCAGGAUCAUCACUUAACGUCGGGGCGAGGGAGUUCGACCCUACGGCUUCUUUGGCACCUCAGCCUGCACCAUUUGGAAAUAAUACGUUCCAGUUCGGUGGCAUGAACCAACAAGGAUUUGGUUUCGCCCCGGGACUGGGCUUUGCUCCCACUGGAAUGAUGGAUGGCUCAAUGAAUGCAGAUGUCAAUCCAGACCCCAAACCAAACCCCGGAGGCUUCAAGUUCUCUGCGGCCUCAUUUAAUGUGGAUGCGCCUGUAUUCAACCCAUCUGCUAGUCUUAAUUCAAACGCCAGCUCCGAGCAACCGUCGGCCCCUCGGACCAAGAUCUUUGGCGACAUUGAUCUUUCCGAGGUUUCGAAACCGGCGAAGAAAUCUAAAGCGAUCCCCAUUGUGCGGCCCGACGAAGUUGAGCCUGAGACCAAGCAAGAGGAAACUGAGACUGUUGACAACGAGAACGGGCGACCUGUUCCGACAGACCGCCACAAGCGUGCCCGCCGGGGUAUUGGCCAUGCUCAAGGCGAGGCUCGGUAUAGUAUUUCAACACACCCCCUGGGCGAGACCAACAACAUCCAGCCCUCGAGUACGCUCCCUACUCUGGCAGAAGGCAAAGAGAAUGCCCAACCUGAGGAAAGCAAGUCUGUGGACCGCAGGGGUACGCCCGCCAGUGAGGCUACCACGUGGACUUUGUUCGACGUGAAGAACGAAGGCGGUGCAAACAGAUCCCGUACUGCAUCUCCCGUCCAAGCUGAAAACUCUCACGAGGUAUCUCAAACGGAGCAUAAGGAUUCUGCGGCUGCGGCCACAAAACCGGAGCCUGAGCAAACCGCGACCCAAAAGACCCCUGAGCAUGCAGCUACGGAAUCCAAGGACUCCACCAAGAGCGCAAUGCUGUCACCCACAGCCAAGCCGUUUGAGUUCAAGCCCGUCGUUCCCAGCUUUGUCCCGACCUCGGUCCAGCCAUCGAAAUUUGCUGAGAAGGAGCCAGCUAAGCACCAACCGGCAGAACAGAAGCCAACGGAGCAGAGGCCUGCAGAGAAGAAGCCCGCCGAGAAGAAACAAGGUGGCCUUAUGGCUUCUCGCUUCGCUACUGAUAGCCCGCCGCCCCAGCCAAAGAAGUCGUCGCCCAAAGAAACCAAAGACGACAAGGCUCAGCUGCAAGUGCAAACACCGCAGGCCGCCGCCCCUAAGUAUGGCAAGCACUUCAACGAGGACUCCGCGGGCGAAUCGCCGGAUGACGAGGAGUUGAACGCUAUUAUGGAACAGCUCAACGACUCGGACGUCGGCAUCGAAAGACAGGGUACUCCUCUUCCGCCGCAACAGCUCGUGGACUCUGUGAGUGGUCCUACUAAAGAACAACGUUUCGGGUCUGCGAAGGCAAGAGGUGACGCGCCCAGCCCUAGCCCCGGUGGGGGUCCGAAGAACUACAAGCUCGACAUUCCCAAACUGGGCUCGGACGCUGAUGCCCAAAGUGUGGCCACUUUUUCUCCGCAAAAGAGUGUUGUAUCUCGUCUGCAGUCGCCUGUUCGCCAGCUUAUUACCGAGAACGACCAUGUCAGCGAUUGGGACGACAUGAUCUCUUCGGGCGAGGAUGAGAAGUUCAUGAACCGGAAUCGAUUCUUCGACCGCCGAAUCAAUGAUCUCGUUGGCUCCGCUCUGGACGACCGCCUCACACCCAUGGAGCGUGCUUUGGCUGUUAUCCAAACGUCCGUGGCAUCAAUCGCCUCCGGCACCGUAAGCAGGAGAGUGCUGCGCAGCACAUCUGCGGAGAUUGAAGACAGCGAUGCUGACGAUGAGGACGAUGGCGAGCAUGAAACAUCUUCGGCCAGGGCUCGGUCACCUCACCAUAUGAGGGAUCGCAAGCUGGAUAUGCUGAAGAAUGUUGUCAUGGAGGCUUUGGUUACCCAUGAUCUGCCCCAUCGUGUACCGCCGCCUUCCAGCCAUGGCGAUAUGUCGCAACUCAAGGAGAGCAUUGCUGAGCUCCAGGCCCUCACAAUCAAGAAACUGGCCCAAGACCCUAUCGGGGAAAUGCGCGAGAUUGUCGAGGAAACCAUGGCUAAGCAGUUGGCCCAGCAAACCCCGCGGAUGUCGGAUGCCGACGAGAUCGGCGCGGACAGCUUGAUGCUUCAAAUUGACGGGCUCAAGAGCAUGUUGCGGUUGGCUGACGAGCGUGCCGAGAACGAGUACAAGACGCGCCGGGAUGCCCAAGAUUCCUUGGCCCAGCUCCAGCAUCUUUUGAAGGUGGCCGAAGAGGACGCUGCCCGUCACAGUGCUGCCGCUGAGGACGCUGAAUCUCGUCUUCUUCAGUUCAAGGAAGAGAAGAUUCCCUACUUCGAGAAGAUGCAGUUCCGUACCGAGUCCCUUUCCGAGGAGAGCGAGACACUCAAGGUCACCAUUGCCGAGCUUUCCACGAAGAAUAUCGCCCUUGAAGGCACGCUGGACGAGUACCGUGUCUCAAGCGAUCACUUCCGGCGCCAAUUUGAAACCUCCAAGCGUGACAAUAAAUCUCUCCACGAGACCGUUGAUCACCUGAGGACUCGCAUUGAGGAUAGUAUGACCGCUCGACAGAACAUGGCCGAGAAGUUCGACCACCUCCAGGCUGACAUGGUGAACGCAACGGCCGAAAUCGCACGCGAGCAAGCUCAAUGGCGCAGGAAGGAGGAAGAGAAGACCGCCGCGUACAAUGAGCUGCGUGCCUCUCAUGCCCGUGAAGUCAAGCUGCGCGAAAAGCUGGAGCACGAUAUCAGCGAAUUCGAGAAACAGGAGAGGGAGGCCGUCAAGCUGAGAUUCAUCCAUGAGCAAUCACAACAAGAGAAUGGCCGACUUGAGGAGCUGAUCACCAGCCUGCGGUCCGAGAACCAUGACCUGCAACUCAAGGCUUCUCGCUUCGAGCGCGAAUUCAACGAAGCUCGUGAGAGCAGCCGUGUGGAGAUUCAACGUACGCGAUCCUCUAUGGAAGCGGACCUGGAUGCCUCUAACAGCCAGGUUAACAUUGUGCGCGCCGAGCUGGAAGCCCAAAUCACUCGCCUCCAGAACCAGAUGGAUAAUGUGCGCAUGGACGCUGACACCUCCCGGGAACGUUAUGAACUGCUUCUGGAAGAGGCCAAUGAAUCCAAGGCUGCUGCCGUGGCUGCUGUUACCGAGUCUAAGGAACUUGCUCUUGAAGACCAGCGCAAGAUGCAUGAGCGGGGUCUCAAUGACCUCCGUGAACGCCAUGCUCGUGCCCUUCACAACUCGUCUGAAGACCGCUCACGCGGGGAGAGCCACCUGAUGGACCGCCUGGCUCUGGCGGAUGACAAGACGCAACAUCUACAGGAGCGGGUGCAGCACCUCGAAGAAAAGCUUGAGAUCGCCCAGUCUGCUGCUCGUGCUGCUGCCGAAGUGGCUCACAGUGCUAAGGCAGGCCCUGGCUCAUCCCCGACCCCUGCGGCACCCUCUCACUCGACUUCGCCAUCCAUGUCCUUCAGCAAGGGACCCUCAGAGCCUGACAGGAUCUCUCCUCAGGCCCUGCGUGAAUCGAUCUUUGUUCUUCAAGAUCAGCUCCAGCAGCGUGAGACGCGGAUCGAGGAGCUCGAGCAAGAGGCUGCCUCCGUGGACAAGGAUGCUCCCAAUAAGGUCAAGGAGAGGGACACUGAGAUUACCUGGUUGCGAGAGCUUCUCGGCGUCCGCAUCGACGAUCUGCAGGAUAUCAUCAAGACUCUAUCCCAACCGACGUUCAACAAACAUGCCGUUCGCGAUGCAGCUAUUCGCCUGAAGGCCAACCUGCAAAUGCAGCAGCAGGAACGGGAGCGCGCCAUUUCCGGGAAUGGCCUCCCAUCACUGCCCUCCAUCUCCGACAUCACCGCUUCGCCACGCGCUCUUCCUCUGGCUGCCGCGGCUGCUUGGGGUAACUGGCGCAAGGGUCGGGAGAAUGCCAAUGGGAGCUCAGAUCAAACCCCGUCGAAGCCCAGCAAUGCCGGCGCCUUCCUGUCGGGGCUCUUGACACCUCCCAGUUCCCACAUGCGCCAGAAUGUCCAGCACACCAGUGCCUCGGGACGAGCCUAUUCGGAAAGCCGGCCAUUGCGGGGGGUCAGCACCCCCAGAAGAGGUUCCCUUCGCCAGGAAGCUCCUGCUGCGGAACCGCCCAAGACUCCACCGCUUCUGCGUCGCUCGAGCUAUGACCACGAUGCCGAGCCGGCGAAUUACGAAGAAGACAACUUCGCAGAUGAUGGUGAGAGCACGGGUGACGGGAUGGUUUCGGCGUCGCCCAAGGACACGACCGAUGAAAGCCCGUUUGGGCCACAGAUCUCCGCCCAAGAAUGA